ACUCAAUGAUCUCGCUGCUCCUCUAUAAUUGCCAAUGUUAUCUCAUCCUCCUUCCUUUUUGGACAUGGGUACCAUUCCUUCGUCAGUCAGCCCCAUCAGAAGAACUCGUCAGGGCCCGAAAGGCGUUCGGUAGCUCGGCCCUGUGCGCUGUCUACACUGUACCGGCGUGAGUGAUAGACGGGCCCGGCCUAUGUAUAACGAACAGUGUGUGAGUGUUUUCUCGUCCAUUGUGUUCUCUCCGCAUUCGCUAUGCCGUGAUGAAUGCUCCCGUGAUAGCCCCUCCCUCAACGGGAUGUUCUCCGCGCCACCAUCAGACGGACUAUACUCGAUCGACCGAGCUCUCUUU